AUGAAUGCUGAGGAAAAGCUGGAGUGCCCCCUGCUCAGGUGUACCCAACGGUUCCCUGACCAUGAGACGAUGCUUAAGCACCUAGCAUGUUGCCGCCAUCUGGCGUCGGGCGAGUUCUGGUGCUACGAUCACAUGAGGGUGGAACGCUUCGACGAUAUCAAGUGCAAGCGCUGUCUGGGCCAUCCGUCAAAGAGGAGGAAGAUGCUUUCAAUGGCCAAGAGUUUCUUCCACACGCUAGGCCACAAAUCCAAGAAGACACAGGGUCUCGGCUUCGAUGCCGACGAUACUCUGCUGAUGCCACCGCCCAGCUACGACUCGCUCGGCAUCCCGCCAUCCAACGGAAACCCCACCGAGCUGUCGUCAACCGAGAUUGUCGAGAUCGAUUCGAUCGAAGUGAGCGCAAUACACGUCCAUAGCACAGUGGUAACCGCGUCCGAUGGGUCAAUAAACCCCCAAGCCCUCAUCGUGCCUGCCAUGCCGGCCCUCCCCGAGCUCGACUCGACGAUGCUGUCGAGCGAAUCAUUCAUGCAAUGGCAGCCGCAUCCUGCCAUCUCGGCGUCCUCCUUUGACGUCGCUCCCCUGGAAGACGGCGAGUAUCGAAGCCAAUGUGUCUCGAAGCCGGCCCUUCAGUUGACUACCCAAGGUCUCCAAGGUCGCCGCCAUGCGCCACGGCCCGUAGCAGCCCCGACCGUGCCGCGUAGCAAGGGUCUAUCGCCGAGCUCCUCGGUACGGUCUAAUGCCAGCACCGAUACGACUGCCAGCUCGACGAGCAACAACAGUUCUCUCAUCUCUCCCAUCUCCAACUGGAGUGGGGCGUGGUCGAUGGGGUCGGGAAUCAACACAAGCCUGACGUCCCCUGUGGAUGGAUUCCUUUGUGAUGACCCAUUCGCGGAUGUGGUGAAUGAUAUGACCGACGGCUAUCCCAGUCUUCUCCACGACUUUUACUCCGAACUCCCGGCCGACCUUCCCCUCGUCAGGCACCCUAAUAGCAUGGCAUGCGACCCCCUCUUCCUUUUCGACGACCCACCCCAAGCCGACGUUUCUUACGCCCCUGAAAUCGAGCUGUCCGAGAACCAGGCCGGAUUGGUAGACCUCGGCGAGCCCGAACCCGAGCCCGAAGUUAAGCAGACGGAUGCCUGUUGCUCCGAAACCAAGGCACUGGUGGGCUCCGCUUGGGAUGCUUUGCAAGAGCAUAUCCUCUCGUCGAUGCUCAAGCUGGACAAUGUCAAGGGCAACCCACUUGCAGACCAACUCAAGCCCAUGUCGUCCAAAACGGUAGCGAUGGCAGGCCUCCGAACCGUUCGCACCUUCCUUGAUGGCGGGCAGCCAUCCUCCGCAAGCGACGUGCUCUGUUUUGUACACCUUGCCUAUGCCUUGUCAUUAGUAGUGCACGAGCAGGAUGCAUCUCACAAGUCUAGGGAUUUCUUUUUGCAAUGUCUGUCUUACGUCCACUUCUUACCGCGCAGCGACCAAGAGCCAUAUACUCAGCUAGCCAUCGCUAUUUGGAAACCCUCGGAUGUCACUCGAGAAGAUAUCAAGACAUUUCUAGCCACAACGGCCCGCCAGUUACCAAACACAUCGUUUAGCAUUAAAGGAAAAUCUCCCGAGGUUGUGGGAAGAGACUAUUACGGAGGCCGUGGUCCGGAUGCUCUGCUCACCGCGGCCCGGAACUUCCUCGAUGAGUUGGAAAGCUCUCUCGUGCUUGGAGAGUCUUCGAUUAGCGACGUACAGGUAUCCGAUUUAUACGGCAAGCAUGUCCAAGACGCCACCUCUAUUGCCCCAGUCAAUCAAGCCUUUGCAGUGACUGUUUCAUAUAUCCUGAACUCGCUUGUCGAAGUAUUUGACGAUACUGGCAAUCUCGAGAGGAAGCUGGGCGAAAUCUACCGGAGGGUCAGCGAUGGCACAAUCUCUGCCGUUAGGAGAAUCGAGAUCGAGCUGCUCUUUGCUGGGAAGGUAAGACCUAUUUGGCUCUCUCUCCAUAAGGAUUCGAGGCAAGCUAACUAUAACCUAGGCCUCUAUGGCUUCUGCUAA